CUGUGAUACUUUGCAGUACCCUUUGCCCACAACCCCCCGAUAUCCCCAACACAUACACCAUACAGAUAUCGGUCGACAACUCACCAACAGCACCCAUACACCAUACAGAUAUCGGUCGACAACUCACCAACAGUACCUCAAAACAAGAGCAAUGGCAAGAAGGCGGAUUCAAAACGUCGAUCCAUCUUUAGAUGACAACGAUGACCAAGAGAACAACGACAAUGCCAAGAAAAAGAAGGCACCCAAUUAUACUGAACUGGAGGACUUUGAGGUUUGUCGAGCCUGGGUGCAGGUAUCCAAAGACCCCAUGGUUGGAACCAAUCAAGAUGGGAACACGUUCUGGUCUCGCGUUUCCACAUUAUAUCACGAAGCGGUUCCGGACCCGAUUCGACCCGUCGAUAGCUUGAAGAAGAGAUGGAGCAACUACUUACAACCGUCGAUCAACAAAUUUCGUGGUUUCGUCAACAUUGUUGAAUCUCGCAACGAAAGCGGUGCCUCUGCAGAAGAUCAACUCAACCGAGCUCUCCGCCUUUACUCGCAGGACCAGGGAUCACAUUUCAAGUAUCUCCGCUGCUACAACCUCCUGGUGAAAAGCCCCAAAUGGCACAACUACUGUCGCGAUCACGAUAAGAAAGGCGAGAAAAAGCGUGCCAGAAGCCCCAGCAGUGAGGCGCCAGCUUCGACCGCACUUGCUUCAACACCGGCACAAUCGGAUCUAGCUGCACCGUCAGACCCUGUCUCAGAUUUCGAAGGUACCUCUACCGAUCCUCAAAUCCUCCAGCGACCUAUUGGAAUCAAGAAGGCCAAGACGCUCCACCAACUAGCUGUUAAAGAUCAAGAGUGGAAAGAGGACGUUGCCUCUGCGCAUAAGAAAAUUGCCGUCGAAUCGACUCGACUCAACGACAUAUUCCGUGAUGACUCCCAAUCCCUCAAGUCGAUGGCCGACAAUGGCCAAACUGCUGCACAACUCACCAUCAUGACCCAGAACCUCACUGGUCUUGACGAGGAGCAGCAGGAGUUCUUCAAGCUCAAGAGAGCUCAAAUACUCAAAACCCUUCGAGCCAGCUCAAGCAAUGACCCUUAGUUUCCCAAUCUCUUCAAGCGACCCCGACCGAUGCAAUAACUCAACCGAUGCAAUAACUAC